CCAUCGACAAUUGAAUAACUACCACAACCCGCAAGACCUAAUAUAUCUUCGAGUCAAAUAUGGGUCGCGAAGAUCAAGUUGAAGAGCGAGAGGUUCUCGACUCCAUUUUCCCCGAAGAAAUCACAGAUAUAUCCGAGACCGAAUUCAGAAUAACAGUUGCCUUGGACCUUCCCGAUGCGAAAGAAGACGAUGAGCCUCCCAAAUUCAUCCUAGCUGUUAAAUAUCCCGAGAAUUAUCCCGAUGAGGCACCCCAACUAGAGAUCCAGAACCCCGCCAAUGCCGCGCCGCAUCCUUACUUCAGCGUUGCCGACGAUCGCGAGCUGCUGCUCGAGGGUAUCGAUGAGACAAUUCAGGAGAACCUCGGCAUGGCCAUGAUUUUCACCAUAGUAUCUGCAUUGAAAGACUCUGCGGAACAAAUUAUCCAAGACCGCAAAGAUGCCGAAGCCAAGGAGCAAGAAGAGCGAGCUCUAGCCGCUGAGCGCGAGGAAAACAAGAAGUUCCAAGGCACACUUGUCACAGCAGAAACAUUUGUCAAAUGGCGUGAGGGCUUUAUGCAGGAGAUGGAAGAGAAGAAGCAGAAGGAGGAGGAAGAGAGACUCGCUGAGCAAAAGAAGAACAAAAUCAAGGAGCCCACAAGGCUCACAGGCAAGCAGCUCUGGGAGCGCGGCUUGGCUGGUAAGGGUGAUGAGGAGGACGAUGAGGACGUCCCUACUGAAGGCAUUGAAAAGCUUGCUGUAGAAGCAUAAGCUGCUAUGAUGGGAUAACUUGUCUAUAUUCGAACAUAACUGGCGUUGGGACAUCUUUUACUUAACUCAUUGGAAACAGCAAUGCAAAAUAAUUUCCACGGUAUUACGCUCAUAUCAGUUUUUUGCAACAAUUGUGUAAGAAAAAUAGAAGAAUGAGAGUUUUUCGACAUUUUAGUCUAUCUAUUAUGAAUCAUCAAUUUCAUCAUGUUGGCAUUGUAAGCCAGCAUGCUCUAGCCCUGCAUCUCCUCAUCUUGAUCAUCGUCAUCAUCGCUCUCCUCAUCCCAGUCCUCCUCGCCCUCUUCAGGCUCACCAAUCUCGGCAUUGAUGCUUUGGACAAGCUCAAUAGCAUGCUCGCCGAGUCUCUCAUCCUCAUAUUCCUGGAUAUCGUAGAGCUUCAAGCACUGGGCCAGCCAGCGGCGUGCAGAUCGCCAGGUGUCCUUCCAGUCCUCAUUCUCAGAAGCACCGUUUUGCGAGCUCUGGGCGGCGCGGAGCUUCUCGCCCGCAAUGUAAAGACCCCAACCGCCGAGGUACCAGGCCUCAAUACUCUCAUCAUCAUCCGUAACGAGACGCUCCAGAACAGUGAGAGCCUCCUCCAUCAUGUCGGUCUCAAGCAAAAGGCGAGCCAGGGCAAUACGUGAAGGGAAAGCAGGCACUGAAGGGUCCUCGGGAGGCAAGUCCUGCCAGAUUUCCAAGCUUCUCUUAAGCGCCUCUUUGGCCUCAUCACUGCGCUCUUGCGAUAUGCGCACGUUGGCGACUGUCUGCCAUGUCUCGGGAGAGCCAGGAGCAACCAUCAUAGCUUCGGUGAUGAGAGCCUCGCAACGCUGCUCAGCGUCUUCCUCCCAUGAGAGAUCGGUCAUAUAAACUUCAGCCACGGCGCACAGAACACCACCAAGCUUCUCUUGCUUUUCUUCAUACGAUGCCUGCUGUUCGGGUGUCUUGCUGCUGUUGUCGGCCAACGCCUGAAUCUGUUUUCUCAACGCCACAGCUCCAAGGUCGAACCACUUGACGCUGUCCUGUCCACCUUCAUCGCUGAGCUCGGCCAGGAAGAGGAACUUUUCGGGUCCACCACCAAUCUUCUCCUCCAAAGUGCCAUCUUGGUCGAGCUUCACAGCCUUUUCAAAGUAUUCUUUCGCUUCGUCGACAUCGCCGAGUUCGAUGCUAAGGAUGCCGAGGAAGUUGAGGGCUCUGAGCUCGAAAUCGCCACCGGCACCAGUGUUCUCCAAAGCAUUUUCAGCUAGAGCAACGGCCUCUUCCACCUUGCCCACGUUAAGAAGCGUCUCAGCGUCGUCGAGAAGCUUGGCGGGGUUGUCGGACUUGCCCGACUUGGGCCUGCUCGGGGCCAUUGUGUAUUUUUUUUUGUUUAGAUUUGGGUAUAAAAGUUUCGAUGUAUAAAAUAUGGAUAUGUUCAAUUAUUCGGCCGUUACCCGAGUAUAGCGUUUUUGAGAAUUUUAUUCUUGAGAACGAAACAGUUGGGCCGCGAUGUCGCUGUAGUAGCCCACUGAGCUAGAAAAUUUUGGAGGCGUGGUUUAUCGAUAACAUCAGCGCCGACAGUGGGCGGCUGUAGUAAC